AUGUCUGAGCUCAGGAACGAAUCCGAUGAUCAACACCGCCUGCUCCUGGCCGCCUUAACUGCUUUUGACUCGCGUCGCCCCUCGUCGUACCCCCCUCUAUCUGCCAGGUUGGACUCUGCUGCGCGCACCCUCAUCGCAGACAGAGAAGCUCGUGUCAGGAUAGGGACCGCUGAACCGUCUGUCUGGCCCGAACUACUUUCUAUAUGGCAUCACUUAGCCAACACGACCGAACAUCCCGAAGAACACGCGAUCACUCUUUCCGCCGCCACCUCGGCCGAAAUCCAUGGUGACAGCGUUGACUCUAAUGUACAUACUGACGAAGAAGAGCCGUUCAUCGCCCUCACGCUCAGCUUGGCCAAGUUUACGCGCAAUCUGGUCGCGGACGUCCCUAGCAAUCAAAGCAGCGCAUUUCCUGUCGAACCACAUAUCCGCACCCUUAUCCGGUACUAUACUUCCUGGACCCGUGCCAGCGAUGCCUCGUUUUAUCCAACCACGCGCGUCCUCUCUCAGACCCUUUCAAAUCUCGUCACCUCUAAUCCGCCGCUCCUCUCACACGUUUGGGCCACCUACAUGGCGCUGCCUGCCGAACAAGCUAUCCUCAUCCGUCUUCUCGCGUCUCCAGAUGCCGCCACCGUCUCCGCCACCUCAGUGCUUGUGCUCAACUGCACGCGCGGGAGCCCCGAACGCGCCCUGGCGCUAGCCACGACGCCUGCGGGAUUCAGUGUAUGUAUCGCAUUGCUGGAUCGGCUCGACGGGUUCUUAGAGAGCUCUGAAGGCAGCCCUGGGGCGGCGGCGUUCGACAUCGGAUAUGCCGUUUUUGAGGGCCUGUUCCCUCAGCGCGGGUUGGUGGCGCAACUGUAUAGCAAUAUGGCAAUGCCUGACGAGCCAAUCACCCCCUCGCAGACGACGCUUCUCAAACUGCUAGACGCCCAUUUGCAGCAUGCCCCCGUUUCUGCUCCCCCUGCCUCCUCAGCAAACGAACUGAAUAUUCGGCCCGACGUGGACACGGAUAGCGAUGUCUUGGACUUCCUCGCCUCGCGCUUCUUUACUCUCUCCGCCUACGCACAGUCCGCGAUCCAGCGAGCACUGGGCUCGUCGGAGGCGGCGGUAGGGCGGGACCCAGAUACAGAUCCAAGUGCGGAGGUUAUGGCAAGCGCAGGAUCUCAUCUCUCUGGCGAGCUUGACAUGCGCCUCCCUGGAGUGUGUGCAGCCCUGGUGCUUGUUGCCCAGUGCCUGACUGCGCUCCUGUUGCACGCCGAGGCGCGCGCGGAAGAUCUCAGGCAAGACGGUAAUGACGAGUCGACAUCGCCCGAAGCGUCUUUGCCGUCACCCAAAUCGUAUCUCGUGGGUUGUCAAACUCCCGUAGAGGCGCGAGCGCCCGACGAAAGGAGACAGAGAGAGGAGAGACGCCGCGUUGGCUUCAUCGAGAUUCUGAUCGAGGAUCUCCGGCUGCUGGACGCCUUCCUGCCUCGCAUCACCUUCGCCGACAGCAAUCCGUCGCCCGCUCCCUCGCCCGCUCUCAGCGCUCAACGCCCACCACGGGAUACCUCUCCGCUGCCCGCAGAUAGGUACGACACCGCAGCAGAUCCGACAGGAUUCGCAUACCUGAAGCGCGACCUCGUGCGCUUGCUUGCGAUCCUCUGCCACAACCACCGCGCCGUGCAGGAUCGCGUGCGGGCGUGUGACGGUAUCACAGUAGUCAUGAACCUGUGCGUGAUAGACAGACGUAAUCCUUACCUGCGGGAACACGCAAUCUUCGCACUGCGCAACCUGCUACACGAAAACCCGGAUAACCAGGCCGUCGUCGACGCGAUUCGGCCCAUGGGCACAUGGGACGCGGACGGUGUGUUGCACGACACGCCCGGCGCUGUUCGGCGGUAA